UCUGCGUGCCCUGUAUCGCAGCACUCGCAGGGGGCAACAGAAAAGACAGCUGUGCGUUUGAGAGAAACAGAAAACGUAAGAAAGAGAGAGUGGAGGGCCAACAGGCAUGCCAGUCAAGACCGUCACUUUUGGAGCAGAUGCUGGCAACAGUUUUCUCCGAGCGGCCCGUUCUGGCAACCUGGACAAGGCCCUGGACCAUAUCAAAAAUGGCAUUGAUAUCAAUACAGCCAAUCAGAAUGGGCUCAACGGGCUGCAUCUGGCCUCGAAAGAAGGCCACGUUAAAAUGGUGCUGGAGCUACUCCACAAUGGAAUCGUACUGGAGACCACCACAAAGAAAGGGAACACGGCCCUGCACAUUGCAGCCCUGGCAGGGCAGGAGCAGGUGGUCACAGAGCUGGUUAACUACGGGGCCAAUGUCAACGCUCAGUCUCAGAAGGGUUUCACUCCACUCUACAUGGCCGCACAAGAAAACCAUCUAGAGGUUGUGAAGUUUCUUCUGGAGAACGGAGCCAAUCAGAGCAUUCCAACUGAGGAUGGAUUUACUCCUCUCGCCGUGGCUCUUCAACAGGGACAUGAGAAUGUCGUAGCCCUGCUCAUCAACUACGGCACCAAGGGAAAGGUCCGCCUCCCUGCGCUGCACAUUGCAGCACGCAAUGACGAUACACGCACAGCCGCAGUGCUUCUGCAAAAUGACCCCAAUCCUGACGUACUCAGCAAGACUGGAUUCACACCCCUCCAUAUUGCUGCACAUUAUGAAAACUUGAACGUGGCUCAACUGCUGCUCAAUAGAGGAGCCAAUGUCAACUUCACCCCAAAGAACGGCAUCACUCCUCUGCACAUUGCAGCCAGACGGGGGAAUGUGAUCAUGGUCCGACUCUUGCUGGACAGAGGGGCUCAGAUUGAUGCCAAGACCAAGGAUGAGCUGACUCCUCUGCACUGUGCAGCCAGAAAUGGUCAUGUCAGGAUUAUAGAGAUCCUGCUGGACCAAGGAGCCCCCAUCCAGGCAAAGACCAAGAAUGGCCUGUCUCCAAUCCACAUGUCAGCACAGGGGGACCACAUGGACUGUGUCAAGCAGCUUCUGCAGUACAACGCAGAGAUUGAUGAUAUCACACAGGACCACCUUACCCCUCUGCAUGUGGCGGCGCACUGUGGCCACCACCGCAUGGCCAAAGUACUGCUGGACAAAGGGGCCAAACCAAACUCUCGGGCAUUGAAUGGCUUUACUCCUUUGCAUAUUGCUUGUAAAAAGAACCACAUGCGUGUGAUGGACCUCCUGCUUAAACACUCUGCAUCAAUAGAGGCUGUGACUGAGUCUGGCCUGACCCCUUUGCAUGUGGCAUCGUUUAUGGGUCAUCUCAACAUUGUGAAGAUCCUGCUGCAGAAAGGAGCUUCCCCCAGCGCCUCAAAUGUGAAAGUGGAGACUCCUCUUCAUAUGGCUUCUCGGGCAGGACACCAUGAGGUGGCAGAGUUUUUACUGCAGAACGCAGCGCCUGUGGACGCCAAGGCUAAGGAUGACCAAACACCUCUGCACUGUGCCUCUCGGAUGGGCCACAAAGAGCUAGUGAAGCUGCUGCUGGAGCACAAAGCGAACCCCAACUCCACCACCACAGCAGGACACACACCCCUUCACAUCGCUGCUCGGGAAGGUCAUGCACAAACCGUACGGAUCCUACUGGACAUGGAGGCUCAGCAGACCAAGAUGACCAAGAAAGGCUUCACUCCGCUCCAUGUAGCAUCCAAGUACGGCAAGGUGGAUGUAGCAGAGCUUUUGUUGGAAAGAGGAGCAAAUCCAAAUGCUGCUGGGAAAAAUGGUCUGACUCCACUGCAUGUUGCUGUACAUCACAACAACCUGGAUGUUGUCAACUUGCUUGUCAGCAAGGGCGGGUCUCCGCAUAGUGCAGCCAGGAAUGGCUACACUGCCCUCCACAUAGCAUCCAAGCAGAACCAGGUGGAGGUGGCUAACAGCCUGCUGCAGUACGGAGCUUCAGCCAAUGCUGAGUCACUGCAGGGAGUCACACCUCUCCACCUGGCCUCACAGGAAGGAAGGCCCGACAUGGUCUCCCUGCUCAUCUCCAAACAGGCCAACGUCAACCUUGGAAACAAGAGUGGAUUAACCCCACUCCAUCUAGUAGGACAGGAAGGACAUGUUGGCAUCGCAGAUAUAUUGGUGAAGCAAGGGGCUUCAGUCUACGCUGCCACGCGGAUGGGUUACACACCUCUCCAUGUAGCGUGUCACUAUGGCAACAUCAAGAUGGUGAAGUUCCUCGUGCAGCAACAGGCCAAUGUCAACAGCAAAACAAGGCUUGGUUACGCUCCUCUGCACCAAGCGGCCCAGCAGGGACACACAGAAAUUGUGACGCUGCUGCUGAAGCAUGGAGCUCAGCCCAACGAGACAACAACAAAUGGUACUUCAGCUCUGGCCAUUGCUAAGAGGUUGGGCUACAUCUCUGUGAUUGACGUCCUGAAGCUCGUCACUGACGAGACGGUUUCCAUGACGACCACUGAGAAACAUCGCAUGAGUUUCCCAGAAACAGUGGAUGAAAUACUGGACGUGUCUGAGGAUGAAGGAAUUGCACAGCUAACAUUAGGAGAGGAGCUCCUGGGGACAGAAGGGGCCAGGUACAUGAAGAUGGAUGACAUGAAAGACCAUGAUGACGAUUUCCUCUCCCCCAAGAAAUCACUGGAGUACGAGAGAGGGCUGGGCACAGCGAAUUACUCGCCAGCCAUUCCCAGGAUCCCCAGAGUCUCUCCGGAGACUGUUAUCCUCAAAGAACAUGAGAUGGAUCAGCAGCACACUCCACUUCCACUGCCCAAAGAAUAUGAUGAUGACUCACUGAUUCCCAGCAGCCCAGCGACUGAGACGUCAGACAAUGUCAGCCCAGUCGCCAGUCCCAUACACACAGGGUUCCUGGUCAGUUUCAUGGUAGAUGCUCGAGGCGGCUCAAUGCGAGGCAGCAGGCAUAAUGGUCUGCGUGUCAUCAUACCUCCGCGGACCUGUGCGGCUCCAACCCGCAUCACCUGCCGCCUGGUGAAGCCGCAGAAGCUGACCAGCCCCCCUCCGCUGGUGGAGGGAGAGGGGCUGGCCAGCAGGAUCAUCUCCCUGGGGCCAGCCGGGAUGCAGUUCCUGGGACCGGUGAUAGUGGAAAUCCCACACUUUGCUGCUCUGGGUCGUGGUGACCGGGAGCUUGUGGUGCUGAGGAGUGAGAAUGGUUCAGUCUGGAAAGAACAUCGCAAUCGCUACGGUGACGAGGUGCUAGAAACAAUCCUCAACGGGAUGGAUGAGGAAUUAGAAAGUCAAGAGGAGCUCGGGAAGAAGCGAAUCCGUCGCAUCAUCUCCACCGACUUCCCCCUUUACUUUGCUGUUGUAUCACGAGUCCAGCAAGAGAGCGACCUGAUUGGACCAGAAGGAGGUUCGCUGACAAGUAAACUGGUGCCAUUGGUCCAGGCCACGUUUCCUGAGACGGCAGUCACUAAACGAGUCCGCCUGGGGCUGCAGGCUCAGCCAGUUCCAGAUGAGCUUGUUGCAAAGCUGCUGGGUAACCAGGCAAACUUUAGCCCCGUGGUCACUGUGGAGCCUCGGCGGCGCAAGUUUCACCGGCCCAUCGGCCUGCAAAUACCCCUGCCCCCGUCCUGGAGAGACAGUCCCAGAGACGCUGGGGAGGGCGACACCACCAGUCUGCGUCUGCUUUGCUCCGUCAUAGGCGGCACAGCACCAGCCCAAUGGGAAGACAUUACUGGCACCACCAAGCUUAUGUAUGCUAAAGACUGUGCCAGUUUCACAACCAAUGUUUCAGCACGAUUCUGGCUUGCAGACUGUCCUCGUACGGCUGAGGCCAUCUCCUUUGCCAACUUGCUCUACAGAGAGCUGUCGGCUGUACCAUAUAUGGCCAAGUUUGUGGUGUUUGCAAAGAUGAAUGAGCUGCGUGAGGGCCGCCUGCGCUGCUACUGCAUGACUGACGAUAAGAUGGAUAAAACCCUGGAACAGCAUGAGAACUUCACAGAGGUGGCUCGCAGCAGAGACAUAGAGGUGAUGGAGGGAAUGCCGCUUCACCUGGAGUGUUCAGGGAAUCUGUUACCCGUGAGGAAGGCCACACAGCAGCCUCGCUGCUUCAGCUUCCAGGCCUUCAGAGAUAACCGACUUCCUGUCUCUGUUAAGGUGAGAGACAGCAGUAAAGAGCACACUGGAUUUCUGUCUUUCCUGCGCAAGUCCACCAAAUAUGAAGACAGCCAACAUGUGCUCUGUAACCUCAACAUCACCAUGCCUCCAUGUAUCAAGAUUGUUGGGAGUGAAGACCGGAGGCGAACUCUGACCCCGCUGGCUUUAAGAGAAAGAUACAGUGCCCUAAAUGAACCUGCUUUGGCAUCUAUGAGUGCCAUGGAGAGGACGGAGCUGAAGAUGGCUGUGAUUGCAGAACAGUUGGGACUGAGCUGGGCCGAGUUGGCACGCGAGCUUCAACUCAGUGUGGAUGACAUCAAUAAGAUCCGUGUGGAGAAUCCUAACUCGCUGCUGGAGCAGAGCUCUGCGCUGCUCAACCUGUGGGCCACUCGCGAGGGCAAGAGGGCCAAGAUGGAGAGCUUGUACGCAGCUCUGAAAAGUAUUGACCGUAUGGACAUAGUCAACAUGUUGGAGGGCCAGCCGCCUCAGCCUGCCAGACAAGGAGCCCGCGAUUUCACCAGACGUCGAAACGACAGAGACAACCUCUCCCCUGGUUUGACCAAUGGUUAUGGGCUCGCGCAGGAAGAGCUUCUGUCACCGGCCUCCAUGCAGUACAGCCUGCCCUCCCCGCUGGGCGCUGAGCCUUACUGGCAGGAAGUCUCCAGUCUGGACUGUGCACCCAUUGCCACCACAGAGGAAGACACCCUCAUGGAGAUGUCUGAUGUGCAGGUGUGGCCCUCAGGCAACAGCCCGUCCCUGGUACCUGUGGAGGACUCCUCGCUUGAGUGCAGCAAUGCUGACGAUUCAGAAGGUCUUCUGGGGCUGCCGUACGGAAGUCUGGGUCGGCCAGCUAGUCAGGCCAGCGCAGCCAGCGGAGGGGGUGGGGUGCUGAGUGGCUCCAUUGAGCUGCCCGAAGACGACUCAGAGAUGGGCGUUGACUCACUCAGCACUGCCACGCCAGCCUCGCUUGGUGGCACCAUCGCUGGGAUCAAUCUUAACAGGCUGAACAAUUGUCAGGGGUCAGGUGCAAGUUCGGAGGUAUCAGCAGUGACCAGUACGACUGGUGGAGAUGGAGCUGGAGGAGGAGGAGGAGGAGGAGGGACGGGCUCAGAGGAAGGGCUUUCUCUUGUUGCAGGACAGCAAAGGGUGUAUGCUCGGCUGAGUGAGUCCCCUGGUCUGAGCUGUGUUGCAGACCGGAAUGGAGACAGGUCGGGUAAUGGAGGAAACGGAGGAGGUGGAGGCUCUUUCCUUUCCUACCUGCAGGAGCAGACAGGUCCAGGCUGGAGCCCUGUAACUGACCCUACACAGGCCUGGGUAGGCAGUCAGCCUAAACCCAGGCAGGCCAUGGACACCAUGAUAUCAUCCGUAUGUAAUGCUGUGGAUGGAGACCAGUCCUGCGUGUCCCAGGAGGCCUUGCUUCAGCCGGUGAGGGACAUGGGGCACUCAGAGAUCUUGCGGGGACACUUCAGAGGUACCCAGCCAUUUGAGAAGGGUUUGGGCUUCCCGCACAGGGUACCAGAGCUGAGGGCCUGGGACGACGUGCGCCUGAAGGGCCAGGGGGAUGAGGUUGAAGAUCUUCCUGGGGAGCAUGUAAGCGAGGAACAGUUUACGGAUGAACAUGGAAACAUCGUAACAAAAAAGAUUGUGCGUAAGGUUGUGCGCAGAGGGAAGGGUUCAGGUGAGGAGGGUGUUCAGGAGGGGAGCCUGGAGGGUUCUCUGCAGGAUGCCAACGAGCUGGAGAUUGAUGCUGAGCAGUUCAUGAGCUACGCCAUCCUGGGCCGGGACAGCAGCAAGAGUUCUCCACAGGAUUCAACCCCUUCACCAAAACCAUCCUACAUGGACACAUGACCAGCAGCAGCUGACAGGAGGAAGUACACAUAGCAAGGCAGACGGACAGAAAUGAACGGCAAUGCCAUGACAACCAUAGUGGCUAUGCCGGUUAUCAGCACGCACCGGAAGAGAAGGAUACGGAUUUACUUGUAGUUUUUAUUACCUUUUUUUUUUUUUAAAGAAACCGUGGGAAAAAAAAACAUCUACUACUACGCUAGAAGCAUGAUUUCAUAUAAAACAAAAAAACACAAACAAACAAAAAAAACUAGCAACCAACACGUGCUUCCUGUUAUCUGUAUCAGCAUGAGUGACUGCUGCCGCAUGGCCUGUCUUUAACUACGAAUAACUGAGGGAAUAUAAGGGUGGGGUCAAAGGGUGGGGAGGGAUGGGGAGGACACACUGCUGUAUGGGACAGGCAUGCAAUGUAAGGUAAUGGCCCGUUUUCUAAACCAACGGGGAAAAGUCUGUCAAACUUGAGAAAAAGGGGGAAACUAAAAUAUUGAGAAUUACAUAAUCUCUAGGCAACAGGUUACUCCCCCUCCUCCCUGCCACACUCUUCCAGCUAUGAGCAUCACAAACUAGUUUCAAACCUGUCCCAGUGCUCUCAAAGUCCAGUAAAGCUACAAUUAUCACCCAAGGAUAUCAGUGUUGUACAUAAUAUCGUAUGCACUAAAAUGCUCUACGUGACUGUGUGUUACGUGUGUUGUUAUGUUAUGAGAUCCCUAUGCCAUGCUAUUGAUGCUGCUGUUUCAGGUACAUAACAUAUCCCCCCCCUUGUUUUUCUUAUUUGGUUCGUUCGCUCUGAACCUGUAUAUUAUUCUAAAUAUCUUGAGAUCUUUGUGGGUAGAACAUGCAAUUGUUGUGUCGCUCUGCCUGUUUUUAAAUGUCCGAUUUUUGUUUGUCAGGUUGUGCGUUUCUUUGUGCUUUCCAUGUGCUUUCAGCCUUUGCUUUUGCCAUGUCAAGGUAUAGAGGGAAGACAUAAGUCAUUUACUGUACUGUGGGUUUUUCGAGCUUUGGGAGGCGGGUUUCAGCAGUGAACCUGCCUCCCUGACCUUCCCUCAGAGUGGUUUGCCUUGUGGAGAGGGUGGCUGAGAGAUACAUGAAGAGUGGCACAUUAUCAUGACAGAUUACCUGACUCUACCAUCCCACUCCUCCGCCUUUUCUUCUCCCCAGUGUGCCGUAUAUCCUUGUGAGGUUUCUGUUAAUCAGAUGUCUGUCUGAGCCCCAAAAAACAAUACCCUCACCUUCAAUCUUACCAUUAUCGCCCUACCUCCUACUUCUAACCCCCUCCUCACCCCUCCAGACAGCCUCUCAGAGUAGAUGUAGCAGUCCUGUCCACCUCCAGCAGGGGGCGGGAUCCAACCGUCAGCUCGUAGCACUAUCCGUUUGACCUCAUAGUACAAAAUAUGACACCAUCCCACAUAAGGUGCAGAUAGACCGUCUCACCACCACCAAAAGAUGUCACUUAAUGAGAGUGCAGUAACUGAAAUGUUGGUUAUAAUGUAGCACUGGUUUGACUGGGUAAAAGAUGAAGAGUUAGCUGGAGAAAGGAUAGUGUCCCGCUGAGGGUCGAGGAUGUGUUGAGCUUUGAUGUUUGUCUCCUUGGCAAUUGUUUGGAGUGUAGCAAAGACAGUCAGUCACCAAUCACUGUGAUGAGAAACUGUAAUACUGACCCGCAACUGUGAGCCUGACCCUUCCUGAAGCCUGUAUGUUGUUUCACUCCUUUCUUAGUGUUCUGUCUUUAUUUGUUAUAAUUUACUGUCCUAACCGUACUUCAGACGAAGCAAUAAUUGCUUACAAAAGGAAAGGAUUGUUUGUGUGAAUGUGUUUGAGUGUGUGUUUGUGAGAGCGAUAGAGAUGGAGAGAGGAUUUUAGAAUCAUAGUUCAUAUUCUUCCUUAGCUUGGGCUUUCAAUCUGUUAAUAACAGGUUUAGGUUACUCCUCACUCCACUCAGAAAUGAUGUCAGUAAAUAACUAUCCCGCAUUUCAUCACUUUGCCCAGCAAUAUUUAUUAUCAAAUUUUACACUAGGUUGGGGCAAAUAGUGGUAGACCCUCAUUUCAGCCAUCCCAUCUGCAAAGUGCCCAGUGUUUCUGUUACACAUCACGGAAUGUAGGUGCUUUAGUCUAGUUUUGAAACCUUAAUGGAAUUCAUAUGCAUCUUGAAAGAAAUCUCUUUGUGCAUGUGCAGAGCUGCAUUAAUGCUGGGGUGGAUGUAAAGGUGUGUGUGUGUGUGUGUGUGUGUGUGUGUGUGUGUGUGUGUGUGUGUGUGUGUGUGUGUGUGUGUGUGUGUGUGUGUGUGUGUGUGUGUGUGUGUGAGAUUUUAAUAUCACAUAGUCUGUCCUGGAUAUUGGGACAUGUCAUCUUUGUGAUAAUAUCACAGGAAGUAAUUGCAAAUGGACAAAGAGCAGAGGCUCUCAGAUUAUAACUCUAAUUCACAUAUUUUUUAAAGUUGAUUUACCUCAAUAAGCGUGCCAUCUCACGUGAUAUAAAUGAUCUGCAUGCAUUUAUUUCAAACAUUAUGUUAGACGUUGAAUGCUUUAUUAGGGAAAAUAUGUCAGUCACAACAACGCAAUAAUCACCCAUCAAUAUGUGUUUGUUUUAGUAUGGCUUCACAGCCAGAGAUGAUGAAUGUAAAGUUCUGGUAAACAGUAAGUCUUGUUCUAAACUAGUCAUCCGUGUUGACUCUGUGCUUUAGUAGAUGAUAGGGUGUUCACUCUGUUGUAUCAACUAAGUAUCUGCUGUUGAUCAUCAAGACUCAUUACAAACAUUAAUAGAAAUCUUGUAAGGGGAGACAUUUAAAGAGAGAAGCCUCAAAUGGGUUUUGGACAUUUUAACAAACAUCCCUUCAUCAGAUAUUCUUUCUACUUUAUUAUAUUUUUAAUAAACAAACAAAGUUGGAUGUCAAAAAAAGAUUACACAGCAGUGUAAUUGUGUAUUACCCCUUAUGUCAUAGCAUACGGUUUGCUCUCUAAGGGCUCAUAAUUAUGGUAUGCUUGGGUUGGUUUCUGAAGCAGGUGCCGCUUAUAAAUCCAUUGCUGAUGUUGGGGUUGGAGCGAGGGUGGAGUCUGAUGAAAAGACAAUAACAAGGAGCACUUUGAAGUUAUAUGGAAUUAUUGUGGGGAGGCUUAGUGGCUCCGACGGCUAGUCUUUCAAGAUGACAAGCAUUUUUCCUCAACACAACCCUAAACUAUUUCCGCCCCCUUUACCAAAUAUUAGACUGAGCCGAUUCUAAGGCUUCCACAUGGUGACAGUCAAGCAGAGGAAGGAAUGGUUACAUCACAAAAAUGAACAAUGGAAAGCCCUGGACUGAGGGACCACUGAGAUGAUGCCAUGCACCAAGUUCAUGCAAAAAUAUUAACUGUUGCAAAAACUAGAGAACACAUGUAUAUUCCUUUAGAAUGGAUUGAAGACAUUAUUAACGCAAUAGCAUAUUACUCAAUACUAAGGAAUGCAACUGCGCACAUGCACAGAAAAUGUUUUUAACAUAAAAGGCUAUAUAUAUAUAUAUAUAUAUAUAUAUAUAUAUAUAUAUGAAAUAUAUGAAAAUAUAUAUAUAUUUACUUAGAAUGCUAUGCACCCUUACUUGUCAAAUGGGAUUCUAGUUAUGUUAUGGAUGUACUUUUAGCAUCAUAAAGCUGUAGCUACCAAGAGACUGUUGAGUUCUGGGUAAUGCCUGCAACCUGGGGAUAAAAUAGGGGUCUUGUGGGUAUUUUAACCUGUUUUAUUUGCUUUUUUUUAUUGUUAUGGAGAGUCAAACAUGAGUUUAAAAUAUAAAUGUAAAAGCCUUUUAAUCCAAUCAAAUCCGAGGACAUCUAUUGAAAAUUUACUCUGUACACCAGCUCAACAUUUACAAAAAUUAAUAAAGAAAUGAAAUGUCUUUGUGUAUAGUGUGUAUACUUUUGUGUGAGACACUUGCACGUGAAUAACGUGCACCCAACUGCUGAUGAGCAUUCUAUAGUUUUGAA